UGGCUGAGGAGAGCUGCGGCGCGCGGGCAGUUGAUCUAGCUCAGGCCUCACGCCGACCUUCCUGGCCCUCGGGGGCGGCAUGGCCGGGACCUCCGCGCCGGGCAGCAGGAGAUGGAGCGGACCACCAAAGCUCCACCCUGGCCCGCCGCCCGUCACCGGCCACCUUCCGAGCAAGCGGGCCCGGGUCUUUCCCGCGGCCGCCCCUUUGGAUCCCGAAGACCCAUUCAGUGAACAUGGGGAAUUCACCGCCGACGAUCUGGAGGAGCUUGACAUCCUGGCGUCCCAAGCCCUGAGCCAGUGCCAGGCCACGCCACGGGACCUGUCCACUGUUCAUAAGGUCCGCAGAUUAGAUGGGAUGUCAAAUAGUCCUGCAGCGAAGAACAGAGAAAAUGCUCCAGUUAAAGAUAACUUCGAACUAGAGGUACUUCAAACACAAUACAAAGAACUUAAGGAAAAGCUGAAGGCAAUGGAAGAAGAAAUCCUCAUUAAGAAUGGAGAAAUUAAAAUCUUGCGGGACUCAUUGCACCAGUCAGAAUCCAUUCUGGAAGAACAAAAAAGAUCACAUUUCCUUCUUGAGCAAGAGAAAACCCAAGCACUCAGUGACAAAGAAAAGGAGUUCUCCAGAAAGCUCCAAUCAUUGCAGUCUGAGCUCCAGUUUAAAGAUGCAGAAAUGAAUGAAUUAAGGACAAAGCUUCAGAGCAGUGAACGGGUGAAUAAACGAGGUGCUCCAUCCAUUCCCAGUGUUAGUCCUAGGAAAAACUUUUCUGUGGUUGUAAGACCAGAAGCAUGUUCUUCACAAUUUGGAAAAACACCGUUUCCUACAAAGGAGUCUUUUAAUGCUAAUAUGUCCUUUCCCAACCCCUGCUGGACAGAACCAGAAUGCAAGUCUCUGGCGGGCAGAGAGGUUUCUGAUAAUAAGACCCACAGUCCGAGAGGUAGCAAUGUAAAGCAAGAAGAGGUGCAGAAAAACCUUACUGACAGCUGGAUGCAGAAAUCAAACACUGAAGGUUCCAUUUUGAUAAACCUAUUGCUGAAGCAGCCUUUGAUCUCAGGGUCAGGCAUAGGUCUUUGCCACCUCCUGAGCAGUUGUUCUGAGGCUUCUACUGGCAAUCUCUUGCAGCCAAUGGGGCUUGGCAGUAUUUUGGCUGUGAUUUCAGGCUUCAGAACCACAGGUUUUCGAAGUGGGUCAUUUUCUCCCUCAGCCCUGAGAGAAGCACAGAACCUGGCAUUCACUGGAUUGAAUCUGAUUGCCAGGAAUGAAGGCUCAUGUGAUGGAGACCCAGCAGAGGGAGCCGGAAGGGCCUUUCCACUCUGCCAGCUUCCUGGAGCCAUUCAUCUCCUCCCCCUCAUACAGUUCUUCAUUGGCCUACACUGCCAGGCUUUGCAGGAGUUAGCAGUGGCUAAGAGGAAUGGGUCAUCUGGGGACUCACCAACACAUAACUCUUGCAUGGGCUCUGGGGCAGAGGCUAGCCCUGAGGACUUAAUUUGCAACCUGGAAGGCUUCUCUGUGGCUUCACUUAGUGUUCUUCAGCAUCUGGUGUGUCACAGUGGAGCAGUCGUCUCCCUCUUACUGUCUGAUGUGGGGACAGAUACUGCUGCUAAGGAGGAAAAUGGGAGCCUGACUCACAGACAGACUUGUGGAGAUAUGAUCUCAGCCCCCACGGGGGUUGCCGAAGACCAAGGACAGCAUCCACUACUGAAGAUGCUUCUUCUCCUGUUGACUUUCUCUCCCACAGCAGCAGGUCACCUUCAAGCCACUGUCCCGAGCCAGUGUCUCAAAGUGUUGGUGAAAUUAGCUGAAAAUGCCUCCUCUGAUAUCUUGCCCAGGUUCCGGUGUGUAUUACCAGUGCUGCCACAGUGCCUCAGCCCUGAGAUGGUCUUGCCUUGUGUGCUGCUGACUGUUGAGCUGCUGUCUCUCCUGGUGGACCAUGAGAGCCUGGCACCGCAGCUCUGUUCCCACCCUGAAGGCUGCCUCCUGCUGCUGCUGUACAUGUACAUCACUUCAAGGCCUGACUCGGGGGCCUCAGAGACACAGUGGCUUCAGCUGGAACAGGAGGCAGUGUGGCUGCUGGCCAAGUUGGGUGUGCAGAGCCCUUCCUCCCCAGUCACUGGUUCUGACUGCCAGUGCAACGUGGAGGUGGUCAGAGCGCUCACGGUGAUGCUGCACCGACAGUGGCUGACUGUACGGAGGGCAGGGGGACCCCCAAGGACUGAGCAGCAGAAGCGGACCGUGCGCUGUCUGCGUGACACGGUGGUGCUAUUGCACAGCCUGUCCCAGAAGGACAAGCUCUUUACUGUACACUGCGUGGAGGUUCUGCAUCAGUAUGACCAGGUGAUGCCUGGUGUCAGCACACUGAUUCGAGGGCUCCCAGAUGUGACAGACUGUGAAGAGGCAGCCCUGGAUGACCUCUGUGGCCUGGAGACCGACGUGGACGAUGCUGAGAUGGACUGUAGCUGAGGCCCUGCACACCCAGUCACAUGGUGGCACCUUUACCUUCCUCACCUAUCCACAGAUUAAAAAUGACUGAGCACUGUGGCUCACGUCUGUACAUGCCUGUAAUUCCUGCACUCAGGAGGUCCAGACCUGUAGAUUGCUGGAAGAUAGCUCAAGGCCAGCCUGGGCUACAUAGUGAGUUCAAGGCCAGCCUGAACUAUAAAUAUAAAUAAAGCAAGACCAUCUCAAAACAAAAUAAUAAAAGCAAUGACUAGCC